AUGUUGCUGAAGGAAGUGUAUGUUUCCGAACUGAAGCGACAAAAUGUCAGAUCAGCAAUCGAGCACUUCGAAAACCAUCUGACAACUGGGAAAUUUCCACCUCAGCUGUUGGGAUUACUUAAAAUCCCAAAGAUUCAAAUUUCUACGAUUUUCAACAAUCGCGGAGAACGACAAGCCGGUACAGUAUGGCUCGAUCACGCAGUCAACGAAUUUUGCGCUUCCGUUCUGAAGCACUACAUCCAACAGAAGAAAGCAGAACUUGAGGUCUUCGUCAAGGAACAGUCGAAGGAAGUUCUCAAUGUCAAACUUACAGAAUUGACAGAUGCCACAUUGGCCGUCUUGGACUACGACAAAACCGAGUCAACUCCAAUUUAUUUGGAUGCCGAAAAGCUCGAGCUGUCCUCCAUAGGCUAUCCGAUGUGCGAAAAGGCUUUAACCCUGGCGCGACAAGAACGGAUGGAAGAAAAUGCGGUUAAAAAACUCAAACUUCAACACAAGGUCGAUUCAGACGUGACUAUGACUGAUACAAGUCCGUCUGAUAUCGCAAAGACCAUCCUUUACGAAAUGGAGAAAGCUUUGAAAAAAGCCCUCUCUAAAAAUUUGAAACAAUCCACAGGUACUUCAAUGAUUCUCUCCCGAGAGACAUUGGUAACACCACAUGAUGGCAAAAUCCCGCAAGGGUCUCAAACCGAAAUCUCAAAGUCACAAGAAGCCAGUGCGAAAGUAACCAAACUGUUAGACAUAGCACAUAGGACUAGUUUCAACCUAAAGUGUUUUUCUUCAUACCCAGAAGCAUUCUUCACAAGUCUAGAUUAUGUAAACCCCAAAUUCAGUAUACUCACAGGAACCACACAGUUCGUUGACAGUCUUAGGACUCAACGGAAUUGUGUUUUUAUAGUUCCAUAUAUGAUAUUACCACCUUGGUUUAUGCAAAUGAUGAGUUUAAAUAGAAAUUUUAUUUUACACGCGCAAAUGAACCCUAAAUUUGUAGGAGAUUCAAUAACAGAACUGUGUCGUUCUAUUAGAAUCGGAUUACUAUUUCGGGACAAGUCAGACAAUCCUUACAACAUACCAAGAUUUCAUGCAAAAUCCCUUAAUGGGAACCUCCACUAG